GGCAGAUAAAGAUGGAGUUGGUGUCAUGUGAGAGGAGGCUGCAGAAGCUCAUUAAUAGGACGACCUUUAAACACUGUAUAGAGUACACGGAAACAUUAACAGGAGUAGCGCUGGAGAACAAGGAAAUCAAAUUUGACAAGCCUAUAUAUAUUGGUAAAUAUAAUAUCAAUUUUUCUAAUGUUUUAUUUGCUAACACAUUUAUUAUUUUAUAGGAUUUGCGGUUUUGGAUAUCAGCAAAACGCUAAUGUAUGAGUACCACUAUGACGUCAUGAAGAAACAUUAUGGUGAUAAUAUUAAGUUAAUGUACACUGAUACGGGUAAAUAUAUUAAAAAUAUUUUCAUUUGUAUACAUAUUAAUUAAUAUCAUUAUUACAGAUUCACUGAUAUAUCAGAUUAUGACAGAUGAUUUUUAUGAUGAUGUGAAGAAUAACCCCAUCUUGUUAAACCGCUUGGAUACUGCAGACUUGCCGGUAGAGCAUCCAUGCCAUACGACUGUGAGGAAGAAAGUCCCCGGAUUUUUCUCAGAUGAAACAAAGGGACAUAUAAUGACUGAGUUUUGUGCACUACGUGCAAAGUCUUAUGCAUAUAAUAUUUAUGCAGGAGAAGAGGAUGAGCAGAAAGCUAAUGAGGAUGAGAGUAAAAUUGGAGGGGGGAAUAUUAAAGCGAAGGGGAUCAAAGCGCAUGUGGUUAAAAACCACAUGUCGCUUGCUGAUCAUGUCAAGUGUCUGCAAGAUGAUCCAGGCCUGAUAAGAUACAGUAUGAAUACAUCUAUAAGGUCAUACAAACAUAAUCUAGUGACGCAGAAUAUGAAUAAACUAACUUAUAACAGCUACGAUGACAAACGUGUGGUGUUACAGGACAAAAUACAUACACUAGCCCAUGGACACUACAGUAUAGAGUAAGUUAAUACAAUUUUAUAUUUUUGAAUUAUUUUACUUAUAAUAUUUUUAUUUUAUAGGGGGGAUGACAAUAUAGACUUGAUGGAGAUUGACUUUGAGGUGGAUGAUGGAGAACAAGAAUGGUCAGAUUUGAAAAAAGAGGUUA